AUGAAUGAGUUUCAUCUUGUGGACUUGGGUGGGAGUGGGGAACCUGCCAAGCCAAGGCAGCAGCCCAUCUGGCCCAGGGACACCCCAGGAAUGCUGGAGGGACUGCGAGACUUCCAGAAUGGCUUGAACUUGGUGUAUGAGGAGGGGCUGAAGCCUGGCCGGCCUCCCUCCGAGCCUGGGAAGCUUGCCCCAGUCCGCACCCUCCCCCAGUAUCCAGUGGGGACUUUGGCUUUUUCCAGGAAAUGCCACGGAGGAUGGAGAUGGGAGCUGGAGCAGAGCGUCCGGCGCCUCCGGGAGAAGUUUCAUGGGAAGGUCUCCUCCAGGAAGGCGGGGACUCUGAUGAGGAAAUUUGGCAGCGACCACACCGGAGUGGGCCGCUCCAUCGUGUACGGAGUAAAGCAGAAAGAUGGGCAGGAACUGAGUCACGACCUGGAUGCCCAGGACCCACCGGAGGACAUGAAGCAGGACCAAGACAUCCAGGCAGUGGCAACCUCCCUCCUGCCGCUGACGGCAGCCAACCUACGCAUGUUCCAACGUGCCCAGGAAGACCUUAUCCCUGCCGUGGAUCGGCAGUUUGCCUGCUCCUCCUGCGACCAUGUCUGGUGGCGCCGUGUGCCCCAGCGGAAGGAGGUGUCUCGGUGCAGGAAAUGCCGAAAGCGCUAUGAGCCAGUACCCGAAGACAAGAUGUGGGGUGUGGCUGAGUUCCACUGCCCCAAGUGCAGGCACAAGUUCCGGGGCUGGGCACAGAUGGGGUCCCCAUCCCCUUGUUAUGGGUGUGGCUUUCCGGUGUAUCCGACACGGAUCCUCCCUCCGCGCUGGGACCGGGACACGGAUCACCGCAGCACCCACACCCACUCCUGCUCAGCCGCUGACUGCUUCAACCGGCGAGAGCCCCAUGUGCCUGGGACCUCCUGCGCACACCCCAAGAGCCGGAAGCAGAACCACCUGCCCAAAGUCCUGUACCCCAGCGACCUCCACAUCAGCAGUGGCUCCACGGUGGGCACCUGCCUGAGCCAGGGGAGCCUCCUCGAACACCUGGACAACCUCAUCCUGGAGGACCUGAAGGAGGAGGAGGAGGAAGAGGAGGAGGAGGGUGGACCCCAGGAGUGACCCGUGCCAGGUGUGGAUGCAAACCAGACACAGUCUGUAGAUAUUUUGUGUUGUUAUAAAAUAUGAGCUCAAA